AUGACCAACUUCAUCCUGGGAUCCUUCGACGACAACUCCUCCGACGAGGACGCCGCUGCUGGCUUGUUCCAGCAAUCUUCUCGGAAGGGCAGCCGGGCCAGCCUGGGGGCCCUGUGUCUGGAGACCGCUCAGGCCGCAGGCGAGACUGAGACCUCCACCUCCGUCAUAAGGCCCAGCAUGUCGGGGCUCCACCUGGCAAGAAGGGGCCGAGAACAGAAGAAGGUGGACCUGCACAGAGACUUCACCGUGGCUUCCCCUGCCGAGUUCGUCACGCGCUUUGGGGGGAAUCUGGUCAUCGAGAAGGUGCUCAUCGCCAACAAUGGCAUCGCCGCCGUGAAAUGCAUGCGCUCCAUCCGCAGGUGGGCCUAUGAGAUGUUCCGAAAUGAGCGGGCCAUCCGGUUCGCAGUCAUGGUAACACCAGAGGACCUCAAGGCCAACGCAGAGUAUAUCAAGAUGGCAGAUCAGUAUGUCCCCGUCCCAGGAGGGCCCAACAACAACAAUUACGCCAACGUGGAGCUGAUUGUGGAUAUCGCCAAGAGGAUCCCCGUGCAGGCGGUGUGGGCUGGUUGGGGCCAUGCUUCUGAAAACCCCAAACUUCCGGAGCUCCUGCGCAAGCACGAGAUUGCUUUCCUAGGCCCUCCCAGCGAGGCCAUGUGGGCACUAGGAGACAAGAUUGCCUCCACCAUCGUGGCCCAGACCCUGCAGAUCCCAACGCUGCCCUGGAGCGGAAGUGGUCUGACGGUGGAGUGGGAGGAACACAGUCUACCGGAGGGGCAAAGGAUCACCAUCCCAGAGUCCGUCUACAAUGCUGGUUGCGUCAAAGAUGUAGAUGAAGGCUUGGAGGCAGCAGAAAAAAUUGGUUUUCCCUUGAUGAUCAAAGCUUCUGAAGGCGGCGGAGGGAAAGGAAUCCAGAAGGCGGAGACUGCUGAGGACUUCCCCAUCCUGUUCAGACAAGUACAGAACGAGACCCCUGGCUCCCCAAUCUUCCUCAUGAAGCUGGCCCAGCAAGCCCGGCACCUAGAGGUCCAGAUCCUCGCCGACCAGUACGGGAAUGCAGUGUCCUUGUUCGGGCGCGACUGUUCCAUCCAGCGGAGGCACCAGAAGAUCAUAGAGGAGGCACCGGCCACCAUUGCCACGCCCGCCGUGUUUGAGUUCAUGGAGCAGUGUGCCCUGCUCCUGGCCAAGACGGUGGGCUACGUGAGCGCGGGGACUGUCGAGUACCUUUACAGCCAGGACGGCAGCUUCCACUUCUUGGAGCUGAAUCCCCGCCUGCAGGUGGAGCAUCCCUGCACGGAAAUGAUCGCGGAUGUCAACCUGCCUGCUGCCCAGCUGCAGAUUGCCAUGGGUGUGCCGCUGCACCGGCUGAAGGAUAUCCGGCUUCUGUACGGAGAGUCCCCGUGGGGGAUGACGCCCAUUUCUUUUGAGACCCCUAGCAACCCCCCCGUUGCCCGAGGCCAUGUCAUUGCAGCCAGAAUCACCAGUGAAAACCCAGAUGAGGGGUUUAAGCCAAGCUCCGGAACAGUCCAAGAACUGAAUUUCCGCAGCAGCAAGAAUGUAUGGGGUUAUUUCAGCGUGGCUGCUACUGGUGGCUUACACGAAUUUGCGGAUUCCCAGUUUGGGCACUGCUUCUCCUGGGGAGAGAACCGGGAAGAGGCCAUUUCGAACAUGGUGGUGGCUUUGAAGGAACUAUCCAUCCGGGGUGACUUCAGGACCACCGUGGAAUAUCUCACCAACCUUCUGGAGACUGAGAGCUUUCAGAACAACGACAUUGAUACCAGCUGGUUGGAUAACCUCAUUGCAGAGAAAGUGCAGGCUGAGAAGCCAGAUAUCAUGCUCGGGGUCGUGUGCGGAGCCUUGAACGUGGCCGACUCCAUGUUCAGAACCUGCAUGACGGAUUUCCUACACUCGCUGGAAAGGGGCCAGGUCCUCCCUGCAGAGUCUCUGCUGAACAUUGUGGACGUGGAAUUAAUUUACGGAGGCGUUAAGUACAUCCUCAAGGUGGCCCGGCAGUCUCCGACCAUGUUCGUCCUCGUCAUGAACGGCUCUCACAUCGAGAUCGACGCCCACCGGCUGAACGACGGGGGGCUCCUGCUGUCCUGCAGUGGCAACAGCUACACCACCUACCUGAAGGAGGAGGUGGACAGUUACCGAAUCACCAUCGGCAACAAGACGUGCGUGUUUGAGAAAGAGAACGACCCCACAGUCCUGAGAUCCCCUUCGGCUGGGAAGCUGGUGAAGUACACCGUGGCGGACGGGGAACACGUUGAGGCUGGAGGCAGCUACGCCGAGAUAGAGGCCAUGAAGAUGAUCACGACCCUGAAUGUGCAGGACAGUGGCCGGGUGAAGUACGUCAGGCGUCCAGGGGCUAUACUGGAAGCUGGCUGCGUGGUGGCCAGGCUGGAGCUUGAUGACCCUUCUAAAGUGCGUCCGGCUCAGCCAUUCACAGGAGAACUCCCCUCACAGCCAACGCUGCCCAUCCUCGGAGAGAAGCUGCACCAGGUUUUUCACAGUGUCCUGGAAAAUCUCACCAACAUCAUGAAUGGCUACUGUCUGCCAGAGCCUAUUUUUAGCAUCAAGCUGAAGGACUGGGUGCAGAAGCUCCUGAGGACCCUCCGGCACCCGUCGCUGCCUCUGCUGGAGCUGCAGGAGAUCAUGACCAGCGUGUCGGGCCGCAUUCCCGCCCCCGUGGAGAAGGCCGUCCGCAGGGUGAUGGCCCAGUACGCCAGCAACAUCACCUCGGUGCUCUGCCAGUUCCCCAGCCAGCAGAUAGCCACCAUCCUGGACUGCCACGCGGCCACCCUGCAGCGGAAAGCUGACCGGGAGGUCUUCUUCAUGAACACCCAGAGCAUCGUGCAGCUGGUCCAAAAGUACCGCAGUGGGGCCCGCGGCUACAUGAAGGCAGUGGUGUUGGACCUCCUGCGGAAAUAUUUACUGGUUGAGCACCAUUUCCAACAAGCCCACUACGACAAGUGUGUGAUAAACCUCCGGGAGAAGCUGAAGCCAGACAUGCCUCAGGUGUUGGACUGCAUCUUCUCCCACUCACAGGUCGCCAAGAAGAACCAGCUGGUGAUCAUGUUGAUCGAUGAGCUCUGUGGCCCGGACCCUUCCUUAUCCGAUGAGCUAACCUCCAUCCUUGACGAGCUGACUCAGCUGAGCAAAAGCGAGCACUGCAAGGUGGCCCUCAGAGCCAGGCAGGUCCUGAUCGCCUCCCACCUACCCUCCUACGAGCUGAGGCACAACCAAGUGGAGUCCAUUUUCCUGUCUGCCAUCGACAUGUACGGCCACCAGUUCUGCCCGGAAAACCUCAAGAAAUUAAUACUCUCAGAAACAACCAUCUUUGAUGUGCUGCCCACUUUCUUCUACCACGCUAACAAAGUGGUUUGCAUGGCAUCCUUGGAGGUUUAUGUGCGGAGGGGCUACAUUGCCUAUGAGCUAACCAGCCUGCAGCACCGCCAGUUUCCGGAUGGCACCUGCGUAGUGGAAUUCCAGUUCAUGCUGCCCUCCUCUCACCCACACCGGUACAGAGUGGUACCGACCUGGGGAAGGGGUGUCACCAACCCGGAACUGCUGAGACACAGCACGGAGCUCUUCAUGGACAGUGGCUUUUCCCCCAAGUCCCAGCGGAUGGGGGCCAUGGUCGCCUUCCAGAGAUUCGAGGAUUUCGUCAGGAACUUUGAUGAGGUCGUCUCCUGCUUCACCAACGUGCCCAAGGACACCCCGCUCUUCAGCAAGGCCCGGGAUUCCUUAUACUCCGAGGACGACAGCAAGAGCCUCCGAGAGGAGCCGAUCCACAUCCUGAACGUGGCCCUCCAGUACGCGGACCACCAGGAGGAUGAGCAGCUGGUGCCCAUUUUCCGAACAUUUGUGCAGUCCAAGAAAAACAUCCUUAGGGAGUGUGGACUCCGAAGAAUCACAUUCCUGAUUGCCCAAGAGAAAGAAUUUCCCAAGUUUUUCACAUUCAGAGCAAGAGAUGAGUUUGCAGAAGAUCGCAUCUACCGUCACUUGGAGCCGGCCCUGGCCUUCCAGCUGGAGCUCAGCCGGUUGCGAAACUUCGACGUGACCGCCUUGCCCUGCGCCAACCACAAGAUGCACCUGUACCUGGGUGCUGCCAGAGUGAAGGAGGGCACAGAGGUCACGGACCACAGGUUCUUCAUCCGGGUCAUCAUCAGGCACUCGGACCUGAUCACCAAGGAAGCCUCCUUCGAGUACCUCCAGAACGAGGGCGAGCGACUGCUCCUGGAGGCCAUGGACGAGCUGGAGGUGGCGUUCAACAACACCAGCGUGCGCACCGACUGCAACCACAUCUUCCUCAACUUCGUGCCCACCGUCAUCAUGGACCCCUCCAAGAUCGAGGAAUCGGUGCGGUCCAUGGUGAUGCGCUACGGCAGCCGGCUGUGGAAGCUCCGCGUGCUCCAGGCUGAGGUCAAGAUCAACAUCCGCCAGACCACCACCGACAGCGCAAUCCCCAUCCGCCUCUUCAUCACCAAUGAGUCGGGCUACUACCUGGACAUCAGCCUCUACAAGGAAGUGACCGACCCCAGAUCUGGAAACAUCUUGUUUCAUUCCUUUGGCAACAAACAAGGCCCCCAGCAUGGAAUGCUGAUCAACACUCCCUACGUCACCAAGGAUCUGCUUCAGGCCAAGCGAUUCCAGGCCCAGUCCCUGGGUACCACCUAUGUGUAUGACUUCCCAGAAAUGUUCAGGCAGGCUCUUUUUAAAAUGUGGCACUCCCCGGACAAGUACCCCAAAGACAUCCUGACGUACACUGAACUUGUGCUGGAUCCACAGGGCCAGCUGGUGGAGAUGAACCGACUUCCUGGAGGAAAUGAGGUGGGCAUGGUGGCCUUCAAAAUGAGGUUCAAAACCCUCGAGUACCCAGAAGGGCGUGACAUUAUCUUCAUCAGCAAUGACAUCACCUUCCGUAUCGGAUCUUUCGGCCCCAAAGAAGACCUUCUAUACCUGCGGGCGUCCGAGCUGGCCCGGGCCGAGGGCAUCCCCAAAGUCUACCUCGCGGCCAACAGUGGGGCCCGUAUCGGCCUGGCAGAGGAGAUCAAACACAUAUUCCAGGUGGCUUGGGUGGACCCGGAAGACCCGCACAAGGGAAUUAAAUACCUGUACCUGACCCCCGAAGACUACACCAGAAUCAGCUCCCUGAACUCCGUCCAUUGUAAACAUGUGGAGGAAGACGGAGAAUCCAGGUAUGUCAUCACGGACAUCAUUGGGAAGGAGGAGGGCCUGGGCGUAGAGAACCUGAGGGGCUCGGGCAUGAUUGCUGGGGAGACCUCCCAGGAUUACAACGAGAUCGUCACCAUCAGCAUGGUGACCUGCCGGGCCCUCGGGAUCGGGGCCUACCUCGUGAGGCUGGGCCAGCGAGUGAUCCAGGUUGAGAAUUCCCACAUCAUCCUCACGGGGGCGACGGCUCUCAACAAGGUCCUGGGCAGAGAUGUUUAUACGUCCAACAACCAGCUGGGAGGUGUGCAGAUCAUGCAUUACAAUGGCAUCUCGCAUGUCACUGUGCCAGAUGACUUCGAGGGUGUUUGUACCAUCCUGGAGUGGCUGUCCUAUAUGCCAAAGGAUAAUCGCAGCCCAGUCCCAGUCAUCACACCCAAGGACCCCAUUGACAGAGAAAUUGAAUUCCAACCGUCUCGCGGGCCCUACGACCCCCGGUGGCUGCUUGCAGGAAGACCUCACCCAACUCUGAAGGGAUCCUGGCAGAGUGGAUUCUUCGACCAGGGCAGUUUCAAGGAGAUCAUGGUGCCCUGGGCCCAGACUGUGGUGACGGGGCGAGCAAGGCUCGGGGGCAUCCCUGUCGGAGUGAUCGCCACAGAGACGCGGACAGUGGAGGUGGUCGUGCCUGCUGACCCUGCCAACCUGGAUUCCGAGGCCAAGAUAAUCCAGCAGGCUGGCCAGGUGUGGUUCCCAGAUUCGGCCUAUAAGACGGCCCAGGCCAUCAAUGAUUUCAACCGGGAGAAGUUGCCCCUGAUGAUCUUUGCCAACUGGAGGGGGUUCUCCGGGGGCAUGAAAGACAUGUACGACCAGGUGCUAAAGUUCGGAGCCUACAUCGUGGACGGCCUCCGGACGUACAGACAGCCCGUCCUGAUCUACAUCCCGCCCUACGGGGAGGUCCGGGGGGGCUCCUGGGCGGUCAUGGACACCUCCAUCAACCCGCUGUGCAUAGAGAUAUACGCGGACAGAGAGAGCAGAGUGAGUGUUCUGGAGCCAGAGGGAACAGUGGAGAUUAAGUACCGGAAGAAAGAUCUGGUGAAGACCAUCAGAAGAAUCGACCCCGUUUCCAAGAAGCUUGUGGAACAGCUUGGAAUGUCUGAGCUCUCGGACACGGACCGCAAGGAGCUGGAGGGCCAGCUGAAGGCCCGGGAGGACCUGCUGCUGCCCAUGUACCACCAGGUGGCGGUGCAGUUCGCCGACCUCCACGACAAGGCGGGCAGGAUGCUGGAGAAGGGCGUCAUUUACGACAUCCUGGAGUGGAAGACAGCCCGCAGCUUCCUGUAUUGGCGCCUGCGCCGCCUGCUGCUGGAGGGCCAGGUGAAGCAGGAGGUGCUGAGCGCCUGCCCCGAGCUCAGCCACAUGCACGUGCAGUCCAUGCUGCGCCGCUGGUUUGUGGAGACGGAGGGCGCCGUCAAGGCCUACCUCUGGGACAACAACCAGACGGCGGUGCGGUGGCUGCAGGAGCACUGGCAGGCGGGCGAGGGGCUGCACUCCACCAUCCGCGAGAACAUCGCCUGCCUGAAGCGGGACUCCGUCCUCAAGACCAUCCAGGGCCUGGUUCAAGAAAACCCCGAGCUGGCCAUGGACUCGCUGGUGUACAUCAGCCAGCACAUCAGCCCGGCUGAGCGGGCCCAGGUCAUCCACCUCCUGUCCACCAUGGACGGCCCGGCCUCCACCUAA